AUGAUUUUAUUGUAUGUAAAUAUUAAUUUCACAGUACAGAACAUAGGCAAUGAUAAGAAUGUCAUUAAAUGUCAAAGCUCUGGCUCUGUUCAGGAAAAGCUGUCCAAAGAAGGCAUGCCUGGGAAGAGGGCAUCUUCCCUUGCAUCACUUUUAGACUUGUUUCUGCCUCAGGACUUGACUUCUGUUUCCUUAAAGAGAUGUUUCUGUUUGAGAAUAGAGACAGUAUGCCUUUGGCCUAUAAGGCUGUUCAGGGGUAAUGGAAAUGGAGAUUUCUGUUGUGUUGCUGGAGGUGGCAAAAAAGGAUACAUGGCAGGGGCAAGCGUGUGGAAUCUGGACCGAUGGCUCUUAAGGACGCGCCUGUGA